UUUCAACUUUUUCUUCUGCUCUGUAUUACGAAGUAAAAAAAAUGUUCUUUUCCGAUUACAAUCUUAAACGGUUAACAUUUGUCACUCGUUUAUUGAUGAAUCGCGAUAUUCGCUUUAUUUUACCAUUGAUUAUGGCUAACUACACACGUUUGCAACUUUUACGUCUUAUAAAAAUGAGACUAAGAAUAAAGUCCAUUCCUGACAAGGCUCUACACCUUGCUAUCGACAGAGAAUCGUCAUUCACGACCAAUUACGUCGAUACUUAUUCGUGCAUUCUAGCUAAUGCCAAGUUAAUUAACGUUUCGACUAUUUCGUGGUACUACGUGUGCUGUACAUCUUCUCUGAAGAAGUACAAGGUGACGAUUCUUCCAAGUAAUCAUGUUGACACCGAUGAGCUUGUGAUGUCGGAAACGAUGAAGUUCAACGUACAGAGUUAUCUAAGCGUCACAGAAUUUGAAUCGGAUCGAUAUUUUAUAAUCGCAGCCUCAGAUCCUGAUCAAGGGAUUGCAAAAGAAGCUGAGAUAUCUUUGAUCUCAAAUCCAUACGAAUGUCCAGAAGACUUGGUCGAUACUUUACUGCAUAAUUACUUUUCCGAGGCUCGAUAUCUGAGGGAAAACGACGUCUUCUCCGUUGAUAUAAAAAAUUUUGCACCCAGCUUUCAGUUCCUAGUGGCUCGUGACAACUUCAAUGAAGUUCUCUUCAAAGUCAGACAUUUGGAUGUCGAUAAACUCACUCAAAAUCCACGGAAAGGCUGUUUUAUCGUACGAGGCAUAACUAGUCUGGUUCAAAAAUCAAAUAUCCAUAGCUACUUUCCGUGCCGUCAUUUAAUCUCUGGUUAUAAAUUCAAAGAUGGGUUAUUAGAUGACAACAAAGUGAUGAACUCUUUCUUGAGUAAUUGUCCACCGGCAUUGGAAAAGCCUUUGAAAAUGCUUACAGCUUGUAUUUUACCCUUCAUUCAGCACGAUAGUUUUGUUGAUAUACGACCUGUAUUUCUUGUGGAGGGGUCCGAAGGCAGUGGGAAAUCUAAUUUAGUACGAAUUGCUGCAGAGAGAAUGGGCCUGAAUUUAUUGAAAGUCGAUUUUUCUGACGUACAAUCUCUGACUAGCGCCCAAACAGAGGCAAAACUUAGAAUAGUUUUCCACAAUGCACAAAACUGCGUACCGUGCAUUUUAAUGCUGAGUAACAUUCAGAUCUUUGGUAAGGAUGGAGAGGGUAAAGAAGAUGAGCGAAUAAUAUCCUCAUUUGAUUCCGAGUUGAGAAAUUUGUACAAAGUGGGUACUAAAUACCCUUUGAUUGUAAUCGCUACUGCCGAUACUUCAGGGGUACCUGCUAGCUUGCAGCAAGUCUUCAUAGAAACUAUUUCUAUGGAACCUUUGGAUCCAAAUCAGAGAGUUGAAACCCUGAAAUGGCUUUUGGCCACCAAGGGGUUCAGAAACGAAGUAGAUCUAUCCCAAGUUGCAGCUUUAUGCACAGACUUUGUACUCGCCGAUCUAAAUGCCUUUGUUCUCCAUGCAGCCAAAAUUAGAAGCAGAUUUUCAUCUACCGAGACUGGAAUCUCUGAACUAACAUUGACGCAGGAGGAUUUUUCAAAGGCCCAUGAAUACAUGCAGUCGAGGUAUUCGGAUUGGAUAGGUGCGCCGCGAGUACCAAAAGUCUAUUGGAAGGAUAUAGGAGGCCUGGCAGACUUAAAGAGUGAAAUAUUACGGAGAAUAGAGCUACCAUUGCUGACGUCAGAUAAUGUCGGACUCAAUAGAACUGGUCUGCUUUUAUACGGCCCACCAGGAACUGGGAAAACUCUUUUAGCUAAGGCUGUCGCGACCGAGUGUCAAGUUCACUUUCUAUCUGUGAAGGGACCUGAAUUAUUAAACAUGUACGUCGGACAGAGCGAGAAAAAUGUCAGACAAGUAUUCGAAAGAGCAAGAGCAUCGGCGCCAUGUGUGAUAUUCUUUGAUGAGCUAGAUUCACUGGCACCAAAUCGUGGAAAAAACGGAGAUAGCGGAGGAGUGAUGGAUCGUGUUGUUUCGCAACUCUUAGCUGAAAUAGAUGGGAUGGGAAGUAAAGGAAGCGUAUUUAUCAUAGGGGCAACAAAUAGGCCAGAUUUAAUCGAUCCAGCAUUGCUAAGACCCGGAAGAUUUGACAAAUUGUUAUACGUGGGAAUAUCGUCAGAUAAAAAAUCACAGCUGAGUAUAUUGAGGGCGCUGACUAGAUCGUUCAAAUUCUUUGAUAACGGUGCAGAACUAGAUCAACUUGUUGAAAUAUUACCAGACAAUUUAACCGGCGCUGAUUUAUAUGCAGUUUGUUCAAAUGCCUGGCUUUUCGCAGUGCGUAGAAAUUUAGAGAAACUCGAUAAUAAGAAUGACGCCGACGAAGAGACAAAAGAUGAUAAUGAUAGUCUCGUGGAUCACGAUAAAGUUGUUGUGACCAAAGAUGACUUUUUUAAAGCAGCUAAAAAUAUCACACCUUCCGUCAGCAAAGAUGAAUUAAAACGUUACGAAAGAUUAAGAUAUGAAUUGAGUCCGACGGUUCGGUAGAUUUUAAAUUGAAAUUAUAUUUCUACGCAGUACGAAGCAUGCACAUUAGGUCCGCCAUUCUCCAGGGUGACAUAUUUUUUUAAAUCAGAAUCGUGAUGACACAAGAAUUUAAUGUUGCAAUUUCAUUCAUAUCUAUGUUAUGUAUUUUAGUCUGUCUUCCGUACUGAUUAUUACAUCCCAUAUCACUGCUCUAAUUGAAAAAGAAGCGUUACGAUGAAGCUUAUCGAAAUCAGUGUUUGCCCAGGCCACUCAGUCAUCUCGUGACAGAUGCGAUGGAAUUUCCUGAGAUAUUAGGUCAAAGCAUGAAAUCAUGUACGGAGGCACAUGUUAAUCAUGGGUAAAUAGGAAUAGAGUACCAUAAUUAAACGCCUUGCAACACACCAAUGUGUAUCUUGGAUGCCAAUUUAUCUACAUUGUAAGGAAUAUGUAAUGAUAAUCUUAAUUUAUUGGUAAGUUUUUUUGCCAACAACAAGAUCUGCACUACUUAUUCCGACAAGUUAUCGUCCAAAUGUGUAGAAAAAGUAGGAUUGGCAGAGAACUAAAAUGUAAAUCAAUCUGAAGG